CCUACUCACAACCUCCCCUCUCACCACAUCAUCCCCAUAUUCCUGGGCUUUUUACUAUUCGGACUCUUAUCCCAGAAAUCCUCAAUUCUUAACAGUCAAGCAAAACAUUGAAAAUCGACUUGACUUAUUCACAAGACAAGACAAGGUUCCCCCGACUCCAACCCCAACCUCACCAUGCGCCCCCUUCCAUUCCUCCUCCCGCUUCUUCCAACCCUAAUAACCGCGUUCUAUCUCCCUGGCUCAGCUCCAAGAGAUUACGCACCCGGAGAACGUAUCGAUGUUUUCGUCAACACUCUCACACCCAUGUUAAAUUCCAAACUUCAUUCUCUCAUUUCACAUGAUUAUUACGACCCUCGAUUUCAUUUCUGUCAACCUGAAGGAGGACCUAAAAAACAACCUGAAUCUUUAGGUUCUAUACUUUUCGGAGAUCGUAUUUUAACAUCACCAUACGAUAUUAAAAUGUUAGAAAAUUCAACUUGUCAAACAUUAUGUCGUUCAAACGUUCCUCGAGACGAUGCGAAAUUCAUAAAUGAUCGUAUUCGUGAAGAUUAUGGAUUAAAUUUAAUAAUCGAUGGAUUACCAAGUGGAGAAAUGAAAAGAGAUUCAAAAACUGGUGAAAUCUUUUUAGAUGCUCAAGGUUUUAAUCUUGGUGAUGAUGAUACCUUACCAGAUUCACCUUCACUCAACAAUCAUUAUGAUAUUUUCGUUCAAUAUCAUUCAAGAGAUUAUCAACAUUUUAGAGUUGUUGGAGUAUUAGUUUAUCCACGUUCUGUCGAUUCCAUGAUAAUAGGAGAAGAUUCACCGAAUUGUUUUUCCGAUAAACCUUUUUAUUUAUCUGAAAAUAACGAUAAUCAACUUUAUUACACUUAUUCGAUUUCUUUCAUACCUUCUGAAAUUCCUUGGGGUUUGAGAUGGGAUAUGUAUUUACACGUUUUCGAUCCUAAAAUCCAUUGGUUUUCACUCAUAAACUCUUUGGUGAUCGUCUCUUUUUUGAUUUUCAUGGUAGCUAUGAUACUUUAUCGUACUAUUUCAAAAGAUAUUUCAAGAUAUAACGCUAUAGAUUUAGCUGAAGAUGUUCAAGAAGAUUACGGUUGGAAAUUAGUUCAUGGAGAAGUUUUCAGAAUGCCAAAUCGACCAAUUUUACUUUCGGUUUGUGUUGGAACUGGUACACAUUUAAUUUUAAUGUGUAUAGUAACACUCAUAUUCGCUCUGUUAGGAUUUUUAUCACCUUCAAAUCGUGGUUCUUUAGCUACGGUACUUUUGAUAUGUUGGACGAUAUUCGGUUGUGUAGGAGGAUAUACAUCAGCUCGUACAUAUUCUUCUUUAGGUGGAGAGAAUUGGAAAUCAAAUAUCGUUUUAACAUCAAUACUUUUUCCAAUCGUAACUUUCUCAAUAAUCGGUUUACUCAAUUUAUUCUUAGUAUUCGCUUCGGCAUCAGGAGCAGUUCCAUUCGGUACUAUCCUAGCUGUUCUUUUACUUUGGUUUUUGAUUUCGGUACCAUUAUCGAUCGUAGGUUAUUUCUAUGGAAUGAAACAUGGUCCUUUUUCAAACCCGAUUCGAACACAUCCAAUCCCAAGACAAAUACCACCUAAACCUUGGUAUCUCGAACCUAUUCAAUCGGCAAUAUUAGGUGGUAUCCUUCCUUUCGGAGCGGCGUUCGUAGAAUUAUAUUUCGUCUUAUCCAGUUUAUUCGGUAAUCGAGCUUAUUACGCGUUCGGAUUUUUAUUCCUCACUUUUUCCGUGGUGGCUUUGACCACAGCGACGGUCAGCGUUUUGUUCGUUUAUUUCAUAUUAUGCGCAGAGGAAUAUAGAUGGCAUUGGAGAUCAUUUUUGAUAGGUGGUGGAAGUUCGUUUUGGUUGUUUGCGUAUGGAGUUUGGUAUUGGGCUUCUAGGUUGAGUUUGGAUUCUUUCACCUCUGUGGUUUUAUAUUUCGGAUAUCUAUUCUUAUUCUCUUUACUCGAUUUUCUCAUAGGUGGUUCGAUCGGCUUCAUCGCCUCGUACUUCGCCGUCAGAAGGUUAUACGGGUCUAUACGGGUGGAUUAGUUACGUCACCCCUUAGGGUCAGAUAACAGCUUGAUGGUGGUAGAGAGGAGAAGGAGAGGAGAAGGAGAGGAGAAGGAGAGGAGAAGGUGAGGGGGGGACUUUGAGAGAGAGCGUAACGAAAGGAAACGACAAAAUUAUACAUUCGACACGUAGAACAUGUCCAUCUGCAUGGAUUCCAUCUUU